AGAGAGAGAGAGAGAGAGAGAGAGAGAGAGAGAUUUUGUCUUUUCUUAGCGACAGAAUUAUUUGGAAGUGAUAGCACCAAACUGGAUCUGAAAAGUUGUAACUGAUUAUGAAAAAGUAGAAAAUAAAUUAACUGAAUAAAUGAGUAGACAAGAUAACAAGAGAAAAAAAAAUAAUAAAAACUCAAAGCAUCUGGCGGUACCACCACAAAGGAGGCAAAGGAAGAGGAAAACUUUAUCCGAAAUCUUGGGAUCCUGCAGGGAGUGGACGCGUGGUAGACAGUACGUUUCAAUCACUUACUUUCCUGUUGCUGUUAACGUUACUCGUGAUCACCCGUCAGUCAUUCCUCUCAACGCCUCAUUCGGUCACUCGUUUAGGGGAAGAAAAGUGAAAAUAGGGUUUAAAAAGUCGACGAGUUUGUGUCACUAGGAAGUUCUCUCUCUUGUCAACCCCGAGAAAGACUUGAGGUCGAAAACAUUCAUCCGAUAUGCUCUUACUUCGCCGCCGCCUCCGUCAGUCACGCGCGUUUUGGUGUCUGAGCGUGGUGGCGGUUUUGGCGGUCGUGAACGUGAUGCAGGAUUCCCACAGCGCGUACCUGGAAGGGCCGAUAAGUUACAUUUCAAGCCCCUGGAGUGACGCCCUAGACCCAAAGAUUCCCAGACCACCCAGACACCCCAGAGUGCUGCGCCCCUCACUGCAGGACGACACGGAGGACCAGUGGUGGACCCCUGACCACUUGCAGCAGCUCCUGGACGUGCCCACAACUACUUGCCGCCGCAUGCUGAGUCUCGGGGGCGGGCUGCGCUGUAGUGACUGCCAUACUUGCCUCAGGGAUGGACAGAAAUUCACAUGUCUCGACGAGGACGUCAGAUGUGUCCCGCAGGCCGCGGCCGGGAAGCUGCCUCAUCUACUCGGUCGGAGUCGGGGGGGAGUUGUCUUGGGAUUACGCCAUGAAGAACUUCAACUGCUCUGUGUUGGCCUUCGACAUGACCAUGAUGAAUUGGACCAACAUUCAGCUUGGAACGGGACUCCACUUUCUUGACCUCGGGCUGGCAGACACCAACAGUGACGACACCAUCAAUAUGACAGCCGCGGACGGGCCAGGCGUAGAAUGGGAGGUGCGAGAGGCUCACUUCCGUACACUGGACACAAUACGAGAAGUGCUGGACCACACGCGGCGCCCCAUAGACGUGCUCAAGUUGGACAUCGAGAACUGGGAGUGGAAGGUGAUGGGCGGGCUGCUCUCCUCCCCCUCCCGCGCCAAGGUCCUGGAUGACGUAAAGCAGAUCGCUCUGGAGAUUCACCUGGACGGCCUGAAGAACGCGUCAGCGGCUGAGCGGGUGACAGAGGCACGGCACGUGGAGGAGGUGCUGAAGGCACUUCAUAACCAGGGGUUCAAAUUGGCGCAAACGGAGCUCAACACGGCGCAGCAGGAGUACGGCGAGGUGCGAGGCCAUGUGUUCCCGCUGUACAGGGAGUCACUCUUCCUUCGACGUCCAUGACGUGGGGCCUCUCGUGACGACAUCCGAGCUGUGUCAAACCGAUAUAAUCGAUGCGAAACCUUUUAGCCAUUUGGCUCUUGUUAUUUCGAGUAAGUUAGUUUUACUGAACUAUAAAGAAUAACCUCCGCAUUAAUUGAUGAUUCAUCUCAAUUGCCGCUUCCAAAUACUAAACUUAUAUUAGACAGACCAUUUGAAUAAGCUCCAAGGAAAAAAAAGUCAGACCAAAAACCAGUGAAUAAUGAUGAGUGUUACAAAUAAAUAAUA